AUGGGGUCGAUCUUAUCGAAGAAGUCAGAGGAGCCACCCAAAGCGCAGACUGGGAAAGCGAAACGCGCUUCUCUUCCCUCUCCUGCUGCUCCUGCUGCUACAGCCAAGGUUCCUGCGAAUGAUGCGCAUGCGACAGAUUUUUCUGCAGCCUUUGAGGAACGUAUUCGCCGAUUUUACGCGCAUUACAGCCCGGAUAAAGUUGAUACGGUGCCGGUAAUUCUUCGCCACUGGACGGGAACCGAGGAGGAACUGAUACAGACGCUGGUGAAGCGCUACGGGCCGGAGCCUAAUGACGCCGCAAAAACGCCUGCCCCUCCGCUCACGGAGAACGCCGCUGAUGAUGCAAAGGUGUGGGAGUCACGUUUUGCGCGCCACCUUUUGGCGUAUCGUCCCGAAAGAUUGCCUCGACUUCGCAGGAUUUUGGAGCGUUCGAAGGGCAGAGAGGAGGCGACGUUGAUGUCUUUCAUCAAGCAGAUGGGACCGGAGCCGCAGGGACCGUUGCCCGAUCCCCUGCAUGACACAACACGCAUCCCCACCAAUGAAGCGCCACGCAAAACGGUACAUGAAGAAGUUGACCCACAGCCUGCGGUGGUCACAAAGGCGGAACAGCCCGUUGAGGUGAUGAAAACACCAUCAACGAUAAAAGACAUGACGGCUGAUAAAGUUGACUCCGUGGGAGAAAAGAAUGUGGUGCCGGUUCACAGCCUCAAACGACGCCUGAGCAGCUUUCU